UUUCGUUUCCCGUUUCGUACUUGUCAAAGAAAAAACUGCAUCCUCGAUGUAAACAAACACAUUACCUAUGACUGUCAACAUUUUUCCGUCAUAUUUUAGAAAGGCACCAUGUUUUGUUAGACGUGACUUGACCUGAUUGUUACUUGGUUGGGAAACUUUGUUUUGCAAUCGAGAAUUACAAAGUUUCAGAGCAAACUAUCUUGGCAUUUCUCACAAUCAAUUACAAACAAAUCAUGAGCGAUACCAAAAUCACAGAUUUCACGCUGAUGGAGCGUUUGGGCAAGGGCACAUACGCUGUUGUGUACCGUGCCAUCAAGAAGACAACCAAAGAGGUAUUUGCUGUCAAAAUUAUGGAAAAACACAAAUUAUCGCCCUCCGCAAUCGAUAAUGUUGUCUCUGAAAUCGGCCUGCUGAAAAGACUGAAACAUCCUCACAUUGUGGAAAUGAGAGAUUUCCUAUGGGAUCAAUCCAAUGUCUACAUUGUCAUGGAGUAUUGCAACGCGGGAAAUUUGUCGUCGUACAUCAAAGCAAACAAAACUCUCCCAGAAAGUACGUGUAAAACGUUUUUACAGCAGCUGGCCGUAGCGUUGCGCUACAUGCGAGCACACGACGUGAGUCACCUUGAUUUAAAGCCUGCAAACCUAUUGCUACAUAAAACAGCUAACAAAUACGUGUUGAAAGUAGCAGACUUUGGAUUCGCUCAACGCUUAAAGCUAAACCAGGAAAACACCGCGGUGAAGGGAUCGCCUUUAUACAUGGCACCUGAAAUAUUAAUAACUCAGCGUCUGUGCAGGAACUUGCGGGCCGCAUCCAGGAUAACAGUCCAAUUAGUAUCCCGCAGAAACCUACUAUAUCGGCAGAUUGCAGAAAAUUGCUCCGUCACCUCCUGCAGCGAAACCCAAACGAGCGGAUAA